AUGGAAUAUCAUACCUACAUAGGAUCGUUAACCACACCACCUUGCAGUCAAGAGGUGAUUUGGCUUGAUUUCGAGGAACAAACUCGCAUCUCAGUUAGACAGGUGGAACGUUUUCAUCGUCUGUAUUCGAUUGACAACACCCAAUUGCCUACAAGUUUCCCACGCUUGCAACCGCUCAAUAAUCGCACCGUCUUUUAUGUGACUCUACAAGACUACUCUAAUGAAGUUGACUCGGAAAGUCCAAGUGCAGUACCUUUUGUGGAUAAUUUGAUUGGUGGUGCAUCCAUGCGGAAACCUAUUGAAAUCAGUUUCGUGGUCACAAUGCUGUUAUUAAGUUUAUUAACAACAAAAUUAGCGGCAUUCUUAAUGGCUUAA